CCUUCUUCUCCAAGUCCCCUUCCACUCCAUUCCGCAGUCCUUCUCACUUUCACUCCCUCCUCCAUUAAACCUCCAAAUCCAAACCUCUCUUCUCUCCCUUUUGACUUCAUCUCCCUCCCUCUCUGUCUCUUUCUGUCUGUGUCUGCUGAAGCGGGGGAGACAGUGAGGGGUUGUUAAUGUUAAUGGAGAGGCAGAAGAGUUUCACUGUCAAAUCCACGAGCUUCGUGGCCCUCUCCCUUGCCAUCUCCUCCUCCCUCGUCUUCUUCACCGUCUUCUCCCUCUGGGCCCUCAGUUCCACCCCUCUGGUUCCACCCGAGAUCAACCUCCGCUUCAACUCAACCCCCAUUGCUCCUGUGUCGUCCCCAAACCCCAUUGUCACUCCCCACUUCACCACCCGCAACAUCUCGUCCAAAACUCCGUUUUUGAUCGACACCCACAUCACCAAACCCGACAACACUUCCGGGUCUUCGUCCGCCCAGGGCGCCGUUCGGAGGAAUCAGGUCCUCAGUGGUAAGCCGCGGAGUGCUGUCCCCGAGAUCAAGAAGCCCUCCGAUGAAAUUGGAGCUUUGAAUGGGCAGAAGGGGGAUGAGGGUGAUGGGAUUAGCCUGAGACACUGUGAUUUGGGUAAGGGGAGGUGGGUGUAUGAUGAGAGCUACCCAUUGUACACGAACUGGUCCUGUCCAUUCAUCGAUGAAGGGUUCAACUGUGGAGGGAAUGGAAGGCCUGAUGUUGGCUACAUGAAGUGGAGGUGGCAACCUCAUGACUGUCGAAUCCCAAGGUUCAAUGCGACAGAAAUGCUGGAGCUGAUCAGAGGGAAGAGGCUUGUCUUCGUCGGGGAUUCUAUAAACAGGAACCAGUGGGAGUCAAUGAUGUGUAUGUUGAUCGGAGCCGUUAAGGAUCCAAAGAAGGUUUAUGAGACCCAUCGGAGGAGGAUUACUAAGGAGAACGGCAAUUAUUGCUUCAGAUUUGUGGAUUAUCAGUGUACAGUUGAAUACUAUGUGACCCAUUUCUUGGUUCAUGAGAGCAAGGCGAGAGUUGGGCAGAAGCGUGUCCCAACCCUCCGGAUCGAUGCUAUCGACCGGGGUUCGUCUCGGUGGAGAGGAGCGGAUAUUUUGGUCUUCAACACUGCCCAUUGGUGGUCCCAUUACAAGACCAAAGCUGGGGUUAACUACUACCAGGAAGGAAACCAGGUUCAUCCCAAGCUAGAUGUCUCCACGGCUUUUCGCAAAGCCUUGACGACUUGGGCUUCUUGGGUCGAUAAACGCAUAAAUCCACGCAAAACCCGAGUUUUCUUCAGGAGUUCGGCCCCUUCUCAUUUCAGCGGAGGUGAGUGGAACUCAGGCGGACAUUGCAGAGAAGCGAAGCUACCUCUCAACAGCACUUCAAGUUCAGGCUACACUUUCGAGAAGAAUUCAAUCGUGGAAGAGGUCGUAAAGAGUAUGAGAACUCCGGUAACUUUCCUGAACAUUACCGGGCUAUCAAGUUACAGGAUCGAUGCUCACCCUUCUGCCUUUGGGGGAAGAUCAAGAAAGGGCCGAUCUUCGGGCAUUGAAGAUUGCAGCCACUGGUGCCUUCCUGGAGUCCCUGACACAUGGAACGAGCUCCUAUAUAUUCAUUUGCAGAGACAUCGUAACUACCAGUAACUACCAGCAAGAAAUGGCUUGAUUCUUCACAAUCUUUUGUACAUUCAUUUGAUUCUUUCUUACGAUUUGAUUCAAUCUCUGUGGAGCUCAAAAUGUACAGAAUUCCUUCUGAGUUUUUGCAUCAAAACAGAGUCAACAUCUAUUGAUCCUUCCUGCUGUUUGGCGUGA